AUGGAGAGUGAGCGCGGCUGGAAGUUCACUCAAUGCUUUGGCGAUAAAGCCGAUUUGGAGGAUGUUACCGAAGCCGACAUUAUUUCGACCGUUGAGUUUGACCAAACAGGCGACUACCUGGCCACCGGCGAUAAGGGUGGACGCGUGGUUCUGUUUGAGCGCAGCGACAAUAAGCAGGGGUGCGAGUACAAGUUCUACACAGAGUUCCAAUCGCAUGAGCCCGAGUUUGACUACCUAAAGAGUCUCGAGAUUGAGGAGAAGAUCAACCGCAUCAAAUGGCUCAAGCCGAACAACAACUCGCUAUACAUGCUGACGACGAACGACAAGACGAUCAAGCUGUGGAAGGUGUGCGAGAAGGCGCUGAAGCUGGUGACGGAGAACAACCUGCUUGACGGGGACCGGGCGCCGCCAGCAGACAUUUCGCGGCUUCGGCUGCCCAAGCUGGUGCCGCACGAGAACAUAAUCGCUGCCAUUCCGCGGAAGAUCUACGCAAACGCCCACGCCUACCACAUCAACUCGAUCUCGGUGAACUCGGACGGCGAGACGUAUCUGUCGGCGGACGACCUGCGCAUCAACCUCUUCAAUAUUGUGGACAUCAAGCCGACCAACAUGGAGGACCUGACCGAGGUGAUCACGGCCGCCGAGUUCCACCCGCAGUCGUGCAACUACUUCAUGUACAGCAGCAGCAAGGGCACCAUCAAGCUGUGCGACAUGCGCGAGUCGGCGCUCUGCGACCAGCACGCGAAGCAGUUCGAGGAGCCAGAGGAUCCCGGAUCGAAGAAUUUCUUCUCGGAGAUCAUCUCGUCUGUGUCUGACGUGCGGUUCAGCUCAGACGGCCGGUACAUUCUGUCGCGCGAUUAUCUGACGCUGCGCGUGUGGGACAUCAAUAUGGACCGCCAGCCGGUGCGGACCAUCAGCGUUCACGACUAUCUGAAGCCAAAGCUGUGCGACCUGUACGAGAACGACUGCAUUUUCGACAAGUUCGAGUGCAACUUUAGCGGCGACGGCAAGCACGCAAUGACGGGCUCAUACAACAACUACUUUAGCAUCUACGACCUGGCGUCGCCCGAAAAUGAUGUCACCCUGCAGGCUGACAAGAAUGCCUUCCGGGCCAAGCGUGGCGUGAGGAAGGAGGACAUUGACGUUGACAACAUCGACUUUAACCGCAAAAUCCUGCACUCGAGCUGGCAUCCGAGAGAAAACACGAUUGCGGUCGCUGCCACUAAUAACUUGUUCAUCUUUACUGACUAA